GAAAGACAGAGACACCAGAGAGAGGAAUGCAAAACAAAUGCACUGUCAGUUGGCCAGCAAACAAACAAGACGACGUGAAGAAGGCGAAGCAACAUUCAGUCGCUCCGUUCAUCUGUUAUAAAGUGUUAUCAUGAGCUGUAAUCUUGUGAAAUCUCUUGCUCGGGUUUAUGACCCCAAACCUCUCCAUGCUCAAAAACGGGCCAACGGUGGAAGAGCCGGGACCAAAAGAUCCUCACUUUUUACACCAAACAAACAUCUGUCAUCUUCAUCUUCCUCAGUACCUGCUUCUUCUCAGCAUUUCUCGAAGUCUUCUUCUGCUCUCAUAGAUAUUAAAGGACAGGUCAAUGGUUUGAAUGGCAAGAUGGACAAACUACUCAAGCUGCAGGAAACAGCUUUAAAACGUCUGGAUGACAUCGGUCGGAAACAAAACACAUCGAUUGAUGGCCGGAGCGUGGAACGGGCGUUGCUUGACAUGCAGGUUGCCAUAGAAACCAUUAGAGAGAAGGCGGAGCAACAGGAACAAAGGAUUGAUACUUUGGAGCGAUUGGUUGGCGGAAUACAACAAGUUGUCAAUUUCAUUGUUGAUGCGGUGAAGCAUUCGAGACUGGCUGAUCUCUUGAAAAACACUCAAAAGCGUAAAAAGUCAAGCAGUAGGCUUAGAGAUAAGGAUGGGAAAGAGAAAUCUAAAGUGUAUCCAAAGGGGUCGAAAACACAGAAGAAGAAAAAACUACAGGAUGCAAGAGACGUAGUUUAUGCUGGUUUAGAAGUCCAGAAGCUUAAUGAACAAAACGCUCAGUUUUCUAAAUGCACAGCAGAAGUUGUGGCCGGCACAACAGAGUCUCUGGUCCUUAUUAAAGAAGAGCAUGAAUCUGAGCGAUGUAUAGAAAUAAAGGAUGAUGAACAGUCACCAGUGGAGGAGGAAGAGACAUCCAAAGAAGAAAUCGUAGCUGAAUUGUUGCCAGUAGAAGAGGAUGAACAGCAGGAGAAGACAGAAGAUCUAUCAGAGAUCCAGCAAACUUCAGCAAAUUUAAUCAACCAGACUGAUGAAAAAAUCCUAGUAACACAAGACAGCUUCGUGGAGCAUCAGGAAAUUACUUUAAGUUCUUUGACGCAUGUUACUGAUGAGAAUCUGGAGUCCGAUGACCUAAAAAGUCAAGUAGAGGAAGCGUCAGAGGAGUUACAGAUCCUGGAGGCAUUAGAUGCAGGAAGUGAAGAUGCAGAGGAAGGACCGGAGAGAACAGAGGAGGCCACAUUAGAGGAGAGACAAGACGGAGAGCCUGUAACUGAAGAAUUUGUAAUUGAUACCACCCCUCCUCCACCUGCUCCAUUUGAGCAUCGUAUGGUCACGGCCAAAACCCACCAGAUUGCCAGCUACUACAAUAUCAAUAAAGAGGAAGUUCUUGGAGGUGGACGCUUUGGUGUGGUACACAAAUGUGUUGAGAAAUCUUCUGGCCUCAUAUUAGCAGCUAAGAUCAUCAAAGCCAGAAGUCAGAAAGAGAAGGAGGUGGUAAAGAGUGAAAUUGAGGUAAUGAACCAACUGAACCAUGACAAUCUGAUUCAGCUCUACGCUGCCUUCGAAUCUCGCCAUGAAAUUGUUCUAGUGAUGGAAUAUGUUGAUGGCGGUGAGCUGUUUGACCGGAUCAUAGAUGAAAACUAUAAACUGACAGAGCUGGACACAGUCCUCUUCAUCAGACAGAUCACUGAAGGCCUCCAAUAUAUGCAUAACAUGUAUAUAUUGCACCUUGACUUGAAGCCAGAAAACAUUCUUUGUAUCAGUCGAGAAACAAACAAGGUCAAGAUAAUCGAUUUUGGACUUGCUAGAAGAUAUAAACCCAGGGAAAAGCUGAAGGUAAACUUUGGCACACCUGAGUUUUUGGCUCCUGAAGUAAUCAACUAUGAAUUUGUUUCAUUCCCAACUGAUACGUGGAGUUUAGGUGUCAUAACUUACAUGCUGCUUAGUGGACUGUCACCGUUCCUGGGCGAGGAUGAUAAUGAAACCUUGAAUAACAUUCUGGCCUGUCAGUGGAGUUUUGAAGAUGCAGAGUUUGAGGAUAUCUCAGAGGAGGCCAAAGAUUUCAUCACACGCCUCCUUGUAAAAAGCAAGAGCUGGAGAAUGAGUGCAUCCCAGUCACUGAAGCACCCAUGGCUUUCAGACCGAGAACUUCACCACCGUCUGCAUCAAAAGAAAAAUAUGUGUCACUCUUCACAUGGCCCUCCUCCAGAGGUCUCAUAGACACAGAAGUGAUCAAAGGCUCUGGUGAUGCCGUGGCAAAAAAACUGGACCAAUAAUGUACCUAAACAGCUAUCUGUUACAUAUCUUGCUGUGUAAUUAAUUUUUAUAAAUACCUCAACAUAACAGCUCAGAAGCGCUACAAGCAAAGUAAUGCCCACCACCUAUAAUAUGUUGCACACUAUUUUGUAAACAUUUAUGGCUAGAUGAAAACCUGCUCCUAUCUAGACCUGGUUUGAGUGAACUGUGUGGCUAUUGGAAUCGUCUGGGUUCUUCUUACUUAAGGUUUAUAGUUAAUGCUAUAGGAAUGAGGUCUUGUUAAGCCAGGUCUAGAAAAAGUAAGCUAAAGGCUUAAACAGCCCUAAGGAAAUGAUCAAACUCUAUACGCACAAAUAUGUUUAUUUCUCAGUGAUCUCUUAAAACAUAAGCACACUUAAAGGUGCAGUGUGUAACUUUUAGCGGCAUCUAGUGGUAAGGUUGUGAAUUGCAACCAACGGCUUAGUCCACUGCUCACCCCUCGCUAUUGAAACACAUAGAGAAGCUACAGUAGCCGCCACCGGACAAACAUGUCAUCGUCGGAGACAACUUAGUAAAAAAAAUUGUCCGUUAAGGGCUUAUGUAGAAAAAUGGCGGCGCAAAAUGGCGACUUCCAUGUAAGGGGACCCUCGGUGUAUGUAGAUAAAAAGGUCUCAUUCUAAGGUAAUAAACACAUGAAAGGUCUUUAUACACCCCUGACAAUAUAGUUUUGUAUAUUAUUUUGCAUUUCUGAUCCUUCUAAAAAUUACACACUGCACCUUUAACAUCUCAAUUCUGCAAAUGAUUUAGGACUUAAGUGCCAAAGAACGGUGGAGUUUGUCUGCUUGCAUGUAUCUGUUAUUAUUUGACACUUACCUGCAUGCAGCCAUGCAGUAAACUCUACACUGUCAAAAAAAAAUUGUAAAAAUGGUCCCAAGCUCUUACUGGGGCAGAACUCUUAAAAAGGUUCAAGUAUGUACUAUCUGUGUACAGAUGUGUAUUCAGUUUGUAUCAAUAUGUACAUUUAAAGUACUGAUAUGCACUUCUGAUGUGCUAAUAUUAACUCUUUGAGGUGUACUCUUUCAAAUAGAGUGGCAUCUAAGGACUAUUUUUUAUCAAUUUUUUUCUAACAAUGUACAAUCAAUAAAUUAAACAUGCAACCGUUUCUAAGAAUUGUUCUGAAUCCCAUGAGGUGUUUAGCUGCUGAUCUGAGACUUUUUGUAUCUUUAUUUUUAAGCUUGAACUUUGAGACUGGGACACCGGCUUUAAGACUGGCCCUUUUAUGCAACAGUAUGGUCUUGCUCGCUCCCUCUCUUUUUAGCAGACAUCUUGCCUUCCAUGAAGGCCAAUAAAAAAACAGAACACUACCUACAAUUAUACUGAUAAUGUUCACACGGUCUAAAGUUUACUAUUGUGAAAAUGCUUUCACAGUAUACCAGAGGGGGAGAAUUGUACAGAAAUGUACAUCAGUUUUGGUUAACGAAUUAGUGUUUUAAAAUAGGUGAAAGCUGACACAACGAGUGUUUUUUGAAACAGUCUUUGUUUUAAAUGCUAAAUAAGAGAGAAGCUUUAUUUAUUUUUAUGUGUUUGAUUUUUAUGUUCUGAAAACUUUCUGAAAUCUAUAUUAACAAUAAGAGAUUUGGUUUUUAUUUUGUCUAAAACUGUAUGUUUGUUAAGACUGGAUAGAUGAAUGAUGAAACAUAGUAAUGACUCAUGAACUGACAGAAAAAAUACAACAAACAAUUUGAGUACUUUUGCCAACAGCAUUUGAAAUAUAUCUUGUUGUGUCGAAUGUUGUGUAAGUGCCUGGGAACUUCAAAAAAUAUAUUGUUAUAAAUUAUAUAAUAUAUAAAUAAUUCUAAAUGUUAUUACCAUUAAAAUAUAUGUUAAGCAUUU